GAGCGAUCUCCCUUUAUUUUCCUUUUUUCGAUUCGCCGGGCGUGCGUGCGCAGCUACGUUUCGCACCUCCCCAGUGAAUCUUUCGUUCCUAACUUGCGAGCGUUCCGUAGCCACGUUCUGAUUGGCGGAGCGCAAGGGGACUUAUCCUCCACUAGGGGAGCCGUGUCGAUUCUCGCAUCCUCGACUGGACUUGACGUUGAAUGGCGACACAACGACGGACAGCAGUUCAUACUGAUCGAAGCAACGAGACGCAGAGACGAACGGUUCGCGGCCGAGCCAGCUCGUUGUGACAUGGGUGGUGUCAGAUCCUGAAGUGGAGAUACUUGGCCCUGUGCAGUGCGAGCUGGAAGUUGUCUCUGGUGCGGCUCACAGGGCAGGUGAACGGUCAAGCGAGGAAGUGAGAGCCAGCGGAGGAGCAGUCUGCAUCGUGCCUUCACGACGCUUGAAUUAUGUGAGUGUCGGACGCUCUCGUUGCGAAGCGUGACGGUGCAGACGGUAGUGUCGCUCGUGACUCUUGAACUAUGUUUCACCACGAGUACGAGAAGCGGCUGUGCGUGAAGAUCACGGCGGACGGCGGAGGGGCGACGGGUGUUGCUACGUCCGUCAGCUCGGCCGCCGCCGCCUACUCGCCAGUCUACUUCUCGCCCACAAAGACAUCGGCGGGCAAUAACAGCUACGACCGUUUCAUCCCGACUCGAUCGGGCAACAACUGGCAGACCAUGUUCUCUAUGAUCAGCGAGAACAGCCGUGGUGGUCUGGUGGCAAAGAAGACCAGGGAAAACGGCGAAGGCAGUCGCGACGGUAUCGCUUACUCCUGCUUGCUGAAGAACGAGCUACUGGGUGCGAGCAUCGAGGACGUGAAGGGCCAGUGCGAGGAACGCCGGGUGCUAUCGCCGUUGGUGACGAAGAAUCUUUUCAAGUACACCACACCCACCAAGGAUCGUACUCUAUUAGACCAGAGCUCACCAUACUCUUUGUCACCGCUGAGCGCAAAGAGCCAGAAACUGCUGAGGUCGCCCAGGAAGGCCACCAGGAAGAUCUCGAGAAUACCUUUCAAAGUGCUGGACGCGCCCGAGUUGCAGGACGACUUCUACUUGAACCUGGUCGACUGGUCCUCUCAGAAUGUCCUCAGUGUCGGUCUGGGCAGCUGUGUUUAUCUCUGGUCGGCGUGCACCAGCCAGGUGACUCGACUAUGCGACUUGUCCAGCGACGGUAACAGCGUUACAUCCGUUGCCUGGAACGAGCGGGGCAACCUGGUGGCGGUAGGCACGCACAUGGGCUAUAUCCAGGUAUGGGAUGUGGCGGUGAACAAGCAGGUGAGCAAGUUGCAAGGUCACAGCGCUCGAGUAGGCGCCCUUGCCUGGAACGGCGAGGUGCUCUCAUCCGGCAGCAGGGAUCGGUUGAUCCUGCAGAGGGACGUGAGGACGCCCUGCGUAGUCGGCGAACGACGCCUCGGUGCUCAUCGGCAGGAGGUCUGCGGUCUCAAGUGGUCGCCGGACAAUCAGUACCUGGCAUCCGGCGGCAAUGACAAUCGACUCUACGUGUGGAACCUGCACUCCCUCUCACCUAUCCAGACUUACACAGAGCACCUGGCGGCGGUAAAGGCGAUCGCCUGGUCGCCCCAUCAUCACGGACUGUUGGCCUCCGGCGGCGGCACCGCCGACCGCUGCAUCCGCUUCUGGAACACGCUGACCGGCCAGCCGAUGCAGUCGGUCGACACGGGCUCGCAGGUGUGCAACCUCGCGUGGAGCAAGCACAGCUCCGAGCUGGUGAGCACGCAUGGCUACUCGCAGAACCAGAUUCUCGUGUGGAAGUACCCGAGCCUCACGCAAGUCGCCAAGCUCACCGGCCACUCGUACCGCGUCCUCUACUUGGCGAUGUCGCCGGACGGCGAGGCGAUCGUCACCGGCGCCGGCGACGAGACCCUGCGCUUCUGGAACGUCUUCAGCAAGGCCCGCAGCCAGAAGGAGAACAAGUCCGUGCUGAAUCUGUUCACGAGCAUCCGGUAAACGUCGCGCCGAGAGGAAGGAGGAACAAAGGGGUGGUCGUGUUCGCGUCAUCGUCGUCAUUUUUUUUUAUGUAUCUGUACAUAUACACAUACAUAUACACACAUAUAUAUAUAUAUAUAUAUCGCCUCUCGAACACACGGUCAUAGAAUUCUAUAAGAAUUAUGAUAUACACGUAUAGAGGAAAGAAACUAUAUAUAUAUAUAUAUAGCUUCUAUAUAUAUAUAUAUACGCAUAUAUAUAUACAAAGGACGUAUAUAAAUUACGUUAAAUAUAUAGUAUAGAGGAAAAAAUUUCAGAGCUGUAUUAGAGGUAAGGACUGCGCGGUUUGCAAUGUAUAGGUUAAGUUCGCGAGAGUUCUUUGUGACAGCCUGCAAUACAGUGCUCGUCGAGUACUCGUCUUGUGUGCAAUAUUCAUCCGCUGAGACCCGGACGGGGAGUGAGGCAGAAAGCGUACGAGGAAAUGGGAAAUUGCCUAUCCGCGUUUGUCGCGCGAGCUAGAUGUUUUCUAUAUUUUUUUAUGUACUUUAUAUACACACACUUAUUUUUAUACUGUCGCCACACAGCUAUGAGUGUCGUCUAAGCAAGGUGUCGCGGGAACCGCGGCCCCCGGAAUUUCAGUUCUGCAUUGUCGAUUAGUUCUACAUUAAGAACCGAUUGCUGUAGCUUCCAGGUAAAAUUUAUCCGACAGACAUCUAUUAGACGGACUAAUUAACAGCCAUUAAUGUUUAUCUAAUAACAGAGUUGGGAAGCCAUUUGUUAUUUGUAACGUCAUUACUUCUUACCUUUUUUUUCUAUAACGAUUUAAUAACGUAUAUAAUGUCAUUUUCAUUAGUAACGAUAACGGGAAAGCAGUUGUGUGUGUACGUGUGUGGAGGGGAGGGCCAAUAGUAACAAAAAUAUAAUUAUUAAUUUGCAUAUAUGUACAAUACUAAUUUCCGGAAGUAACGCGUUACUUUUAAAGUAACACAUUAUUUCCUAACUCUAAAAUAAUACGUGUAGAUGAUCGAUGUAUGUGUAGAUAGAAGAAGACAAAUUUUAACGUCAUGUAAAACCUUUUUUCUCUAACAACUUGAAAUAUAGCUGGGUAUCUAGACAUAAUAUUUUACAUGUUUGAAAAGUAUAUAUAAUGCGUUACUCGUAUCGAACAAAGAAUGCGUUACUCCUAACUCUAUCUAAUAGUUACUUGUCGGACAAAUCUUAUCAAAAAAUUAAAACUAUCGGCUCUAGGUUUUCAAAGGUCGUCUAUUGUGCUCUCUUUGAUGCUAUAAAUGGAAAGUUUCCAUCUUUUCCGUCUUGAAGAUUUAACGUAGAAUUUUUAAUUCUACCCCUCGAAAAUUUUUCCCUUCGAAAAAUCUAAAUUUCUUUUAUAUCAUCAUUAUCAUCGUCCCAAUGAUGCUGUAAUUGUGAAGUUAUUGCCUUUUUCUUCGCUUGACUUUAUGUAGAACCAGGUAGAUUCAAUGUAGGACUAAAAUUUUGACUCGGAUCUUCACUUCAAUCACGCGCUCGGCGUCGACGUUUCCUCAGCCAGAUCAUCCGUAUAAUUCAAAUCAAGCGAGUAAAUCGACCGAAAUUUCAGGAUGAUCGAGUGUCACGAAGUCUCAUUCACGUUUCGCUAUCCCUCUUUAAUUAGUGAGAUGUUUAAUUAACGAGCAGUGUAGGAAUGUCGAAAUUCUCGUUUUCCGGGGUCCCUUUGCGAGGAAACGUAAACGUUGAAAAAAAAGAAAUUAUAAUUGAAGUUGAGAUUAACCAUACCGUGACACCCUCUGCAUCACGCACUUGUGUUUUCAUAUAUUCUAUUUUACAUAUGUACGCAUAUAUAUAUAUAUAUAUAUAUAUAUAUAUGACGUAUAUCUAUGAGAGUUAUACUUUGCCGCCACUUCGUGUUUCGAUCGAGCGUUCAUAGAGAAACGACCGUUGUGACUUUCAUAAUCCUGCAAAAUCUCACCCUCCGAGAGCGCCUGCCGAUAUUACCGUGUCUCGGCGACUUCUUAGAAUACGCGUUAUCCGAAAUACUUGCAGGCUGAUCGGAGAAAUCGGAAAGGAAAGAGAAAGAUCAGAAUGUGAGAAAGGUCUUACGCCCGGGUCCUCCGGAUCUGCGUCCGGAAAGAAGUCCCAGGCUGCGUCUUGUACCUCUUUCUUUCUUAUAUCAUCUACAAUUCCGUUACACUUAUAAAUUACCCACACAACAUAUAUAUGUCCAAGAGACGUUGUUUAAACGUCUUAUUGUCCCGAAGACGUCUUUAUGACGUUUCACGUCUUAAUGUUCUCUGGAUAUCGCUUAUAAAUUACGCUUACAUUAAUACCGUUAUAUUAUUUAGGAUCCAAUAUGCUGUCAAUAUGCGUUAUAUCAAGAACAAACUGAACAAAGUCCGCCGGAUGCGGAUCGGAGCACAAUUUCGUUACGCUCGCGCGCGACCAACGCUCAACUUGUAGCCCGCCCUUGGCAAGUUUGUACAAAUUUCAGUUGAAACGAGAAUUGUAAGUUAUAAAGAACGUCUGCUAAUUUAUACAUUAUAAAAGACAAGAAAGAAAAUAUACAUGAUAGAUAUCGUCCGUACUUUGUGCGUGUGUGUGUGUUAUUCGCGAAGCGAAGUUGGAGAGAGAGGAAUCGACGGAAGAAAGUUUAUACGCGUGCAGCUUGCGAACGUAAUUAGCGUGAUAAAUUUUCUCCUCGUUGUCGCGUGUAUUUGCGAGCAGAUGCGUGUAACGGAGCUAUCUACCACGAAGUAAAAGGAAGAACCGAGGGCAAAUAGUUGUGGUGUCGAAACCGGAGGAUUGUAGUCCUGUCGCGUCGUCAAGCCGAGCGCGAGUAAAUGGCGAUUAGUGUGCCGUGUUAUAUGUUAUUGCGCAAUUGUCACGAUAUAUAGAGUAUUUUUGUACAAUUGUUCCUGUUGCGCGUUCGGAAGAACACGCAUUCACCAGGAAGACGGGGGAGCGAAGGGACGUGCCGGAUGUAAGGCCGGAAGUAAACCAGAAUGCAAAUCACAGCAGUGUGAUUUUAUUAUGCGCACCGCAUUAUGUACACGCUUGGAUACACACGAGCUUCUUUACGGUGGUGAGCCAACAGUACGUGUAGGAUGUGCUUUCGCGCAAUUUUUUUCUUGCACGACGCGACCGAUAUAACGUGACACGUGAUCCGCAGAUAAAAACGAAACAUUUUUUUUGUUUCCUAGGUAAUAGAUAUGAGAAAAACAUGUAUGCGCGUGUAUGUACGAAUGAGAGUAUGCGUGCGUGUGUGUGUGUGUGCGAGUGAAUGUGGGGCUGUGGACAAUAUCAGUUCUAUGAAAUGUAAUGGAAUGAGAAUAUAUAGGGAUAGAAAGAAAAGAUAUAUAUAUCGUGUAUGAGUCGGACGGCCAAAGCUGUAAAUGCAUCUAUUUUUCGAUGCAUACGCAGUGUAUAAUUCGCAAAACGCGAUGAAUAUCGAAGAAGUAAGACGAAGGAAGAAGCUGUCAAUAGUGCUAAUGUAUGCAAAUUAGACACCACCUAGUCAAGUCGUAGGUAUUUAAUCGUGACAAGUACCGUUGAAAGCUUCUUCGACACUCGGUAGAUCCUCUUAUGAAUAUCUCUCAUGAUUAAUUAAUUAUUUAUGAACAUUCGCGCCGAUGGCAUCACCGAUUGCGUCUGAUAGAAGUGAUAUUGUUUCGCUGUCUUGACGUGUGUGCGAACGCGUGUGUUUAGCAAACCGAGAACAUCUUGUGUUCUCUGAGAAGAUGCGUUUAUUUGCGUGAAUUUACGUGAAGUUCGUGGUGGUACGCACAUCGAAUGUGUGUAUGUAUGUACAUACAGCCGGUCACAGGACGGUUAUGACAGUUUUUUUUUAUGUUUCGGAACACAUAAAAUACGAUGAAAAACGAACCUAUGAUCUACGAACAUGCGCGGUUGAUAGUUAGUUGUCAAAAUUACAUAUAUACAUAUAAUUUUGAUAUACACAUAUCUACGUAUAAUGUUGACAGCUGUCUGACCAUCUAUCGCGCACGUUCGUGAAUCAUUGGUUAGCUUCGUCGUAUUUUUUAUAUGUUCUGAAGUAUGUAAGAAAAAAAAACUGUUGCAACCGUCCAACGUUCGAUUGUCAUCAGCACGGGUAUCAUUCGAAUUUGCACGGUAUUAUUGCAGAUGCAACGGUAUCUGUCAUAUAUUGCAUCGAUCGUGGCUCGAUCAAUGUUCAAACCAGACAUUCAUACGUACCGCGUGUAGCAAAUAUAUGACGGGCUAUUUUGAUCUUUUGGCAGUCACGCGGGAAAUUGGCAAUCGCGUAAUCGGCUUUCGAAUCAUGAUCAUCCGAAAUCCGUACCGCGCGUGUAACGUGGAAACAUUCGUUGCCAGUCGUUGCUCUGUGUUCUUUCAAGUCAGAGAAAAAUAAGAAGAAACUGGAGUUGUGCUAAUUAUAUCAUAGAAAUCUACGCUAAUUGUCAAAUUAAGUAUAUAUAUUGUAAUGUAAGAUAUUUAGCCAGUCAGUUUUGUAUCUAUCAUUAACUUAGCGACAAUUCUCCAAGUGAACUUUGUCGUUUACGGCGUCAUAUAAUCAUACAUUUGUACAAUCUAAUUAUAGUUUAUGCCUUUCUGGAGUUUAUAUAUUUUUUCCGUAAAUUGAAAGCAAAAUUAUGUAUUAAUAUAUACGAAACGCGUAAUUAUUCUUUCAAGAAUUUGGCUAUUGUGCGUAAUUGUUAUGUAACUGUUUCAGAGUCACGCAUAGAGUAAAUAAAAUAUAAAUGUUAGAAUAAAAUAUCUAAUAGACUUAACAGUUAUAUUUGCGUAUCACAUGGGGUAAAUAAAGUGAUUCUGUUAUAAAAAUA